AUGAGCGGAGAGUUACAGCUCGAUAUAAGCAAAAGGUGUGAUGAUGAAAAGGAAGAUUCAAAAUGUAAAUGCGGUAAGAAUGGAAUAUCCAACCUAAAGGCCAAAAAGGUAACUAAUAUUGAUAAUGUCACUAACUUUACUAAAUUUGUUCACAGGGUUCCAGAUGGAAGUACAUUCAAGCUAAGUAGAAAUUUAGGCAAUUUAGGUACUAUAAGAGCAACCGUAGGAUCAGGAGUACCGAUACCUGAUGUCACAGAGGUGUCUGUCUACUUUUGGAACGGGGAACCUAGUAACCCUAUCCUACUUGGAAUUACAACGAAAAAUGGUAACCCCAAAACUAAAUACUAUAGUAAAAGUAAUGAUUGGCUGCACGGUCCAGUAUCUGCUCUGAGUGAACAAGAAGCGCUUGAUGAGCAUAACUGCCAAAAGAACAAUGCUAUCGUAUUUAACAUAGAAAAUUCAGAAUCUGGAUCUCACCUUAAAAACACUCAAGCUACUUGUAUGAAAAACACCAGAACGAUAGAACGGGUUACUAUUCCACAUUCACAAAAUCCUCCAGGAAGUGAAUAUACUGUUGUAGGGUACAAUAUCAAUGGUAUCGGUGAUCGAAAUAAGGAUACAAAAAUAUCUAGGGUGACUUUGCGAGGCAAACCCAUCACUAUUUCUCCUCCCACUUAUCCAAUUGACACAAUAAUGCUUUACUCUUAUCUAGGUAGUAGUCAAGUACCCCUUCUAGUUGAGUUUAUAAAACAGGGUAGGACUGAGUCCAAAUGGUAUGAAAGUCAAGAUUCAAAUGGUAAUAACUGGGGAGAAGUUGGUAGUGGCACUGGUUUCUAUGAUUAUGGUCGAGGAGAUGAUCCUAAACCAACUGCAAAGCUUUCCGAGAAACUAGAUGAGGUACUAUGCAAACAACAUAACAAUGUUACAAUAAAUCUUACCAGGGGUACAUCAGAGACCCACGCUAGUAGUCAAAAACCAUAUUGUUGCAGUGAUCAUAAAGGUGAUGGUAGGAUUCUUGUUAGGAAAGGAGAGAUCAAAGUAAGUGGUCAGACAAAGAUUUCAUACUACAAACACUCUAUUACUACUCCUAGUUUGAACUUGGCGGGUAUCUAUUAUAAUGAUAGUAGAGAUAAUGCAAGGAGUAAAAUAAGCGGACUCCCAUUUCCAAUAGAUGGUGUAAGAAGCGUUUAUGCCUUCUACUGUGCAGGAGAAACUCCACUUCUUAUUUACGUUGACAGUGAAAACCCUACAGCAAGAGGUUGGUAUAAAAGGUAUAAUGGUCAAUGGAGGUGGAACCCAAAGCUUAGUGUUAUAAACCCUAAUGAUAUAAAUGAUGGACCCAGUUGUGCGAAGUGGAAGAGACUAAAAACAGUACUCACAGAAUGUAGCUGUACUAACUUGACAGAUGACUGCUCCGGUAAUCCUGAACAACAGGCUGAUGAGGAAAAACAGCUUCGACAAGAAGAGGAAAAAGCAAUAAAGGAACGAACAGAAGCUCUUCAACGGCAAACACAUUAUACCCAAUACGGUCAGUCAGCUGCUGGACAAGGAGCAUUUUCAAGUAGUGGUAGCCGUAGUUCUGGAAGUAGUGGAAGAGGAUCUGAGUCUUCUAGUAGCAGUCGUAGUCCACCACAAGUAACCAUUAAGCUUAGUGUAAAACCACCUAGUGGAGGUGCUAUUACUACUACUACUACUUAUACAGAUCCUACUGGGGGUAGGCAAAUUACUGUCAAGAGUGCUAAUGAACCUAGCAUAGACUUCCUCAAGUAUGAACAUACAGACUCUACAGGAAAACCGUUCACACUACUAGCAGUAUUAGAUGAUCAGGAUGUAACUGUGAGCGGAGCUCAGAACAUACCUAAGGUAACUUCAGUUUCUGCUUAUUACUGGCAGCAUAGACUAGAUAUGGCUCUCCUAGUUGAAAUACAGGACAGCACUGGAAACUACAAGUAUUAUGAGAAUAGUAAAAAUAACGAGUGGAAAGACAUUACAGGCGAUUAUCUGCCUAAAGGAAGUAAACUUAGUGAAUACCAACUCCUCCAGAAGCUCACCUUGCUAAAUUGCGAGAUCAACGAUGUUGUUCAAAUAGAUGUUACAGAGACCGGAGACUACUGCCAUAAUGAUAAAGUUUCUCAUUCAACAAAAAAAGUUAAGGUUAGUGAGAUACUAGGUUCUUAUAAAUAUCUUGGAAACUAUGUUGCUUAUGCUCAUACUCCGAAUUCCGAUGCUUAUACUGGAGGCAAAUCUCCUCAUAAGUUUAACAUAUCUGGUUUUACCAAUGGGAAAACUCCUAUAACACUAAGUGGACUGCACUUACCUAUAAUGGAUGCUAAUAAAGUUAUUGUUUAUUUUUGCAAGGGCGAAGUCAAUGCUAUUCGUUCUUCCGGGAAAUCGGUGAAUAAUCCACUUCUCAUUUAUUUACCAAAUUCCGAUCAGGGAGAACGCUGGUUUAAGAAACCUGACAGUGGUACUGAAUGGACACUAGUUAAUAAACUUAAUGGAAAGGAAUGCUUUGAUAACGCAGUUGUUGAUUUUUUGGACACUCUUGAGAGUAUAUGUAGGCCACCUGAAGUAACUAUCAACAUUUAUAACAGAACUAUAGGGAAUACAUACGCCUAUGGAGAUGAUUUUGGAAGAUGGAUUACUGUAAAUGGCGGUGAGGUUGUUGGUGCAUCUGGUUUUACUGAGUACACUCACACAAUAUCCGGGAGUACUAGCUACUUUACACUCCAGAAUGUAAACUACCAGACUAGUAUAAUUGAUGCUAUUAUAACCUCCACAAAAUCUCUAAAGUACGUUACCAGUGUUUCGGUUUUCUACUGGUGUGUUUUGGAGGAUCCUGCAAGGAAGGAUAUUCCAGAUAAGAGAGGUAGACCUCUUCUCGUCAAAAUUACUACUCAGGAACCUGGAAGAUUAGAGAAGAGUAUUUACUAUGAGAACGUUAGUACAUCACCUACUGACAACAGUAAGUGGAAGUUAUGGACUCCACCAGGAUUUCCUCUAAGGCCAAUGGAAUUGGAAAAUAAACUUGAGCUUCUAAACUGCAAUAUAAACAACGUAGUGAACAUAGAUGUUAGCAGGACACGUGGUAACUAUUGUGGUCAUCGACAUUCUCAUAUUCAUAGGAAAGUCUCUGUAAAGGAGGUAGGUGAGAAGAACCUAGGAAGAUACAGAGCCUUUGAACACAGGCCAAAUGAGAAAGUUUAUACUGGAAACCCAGGCAGCACUCAUACAUUUCACAUAUCAGAGUUUACAAGUGGACGGGAUGGAACACUUGAUGGCCUACUAACACCUGUUCUAGAUGUUAAAAAGGUCAUUGUCUAUUUCUGCCGUGGGAAUCCUCUUCUGCUUUACAUAGACUCUAAUACCCCUAAUUACAAGGAUAAGUGGUUUAAGAGUGAUGAUAGAGGAGGUACUUGGAAAUCUGCUGCUACUUUGAAUGGAGAAAAUAAGAAAGACUCCGACUAUGGAGAUAUAGUUAAUCUCUUGGACGCUCUACAGAGCUCUUGCAAACCUCCAUCUGUUACCAUUGACGUUUAUCAGAGGGAUUCCUUAGGACAUGUUUAUCAUUCGUAUACUGAUACAAGUCCCAGCGGAAAGAUUCUUGUCACUGGUGUUAGGAAUAAUCCACCUAGUUUUACCAAGUACCAACAUACUGUAGACAGUACAGCGCAAAAUCCUCUCACGCUCAAACAGGUGAACUAUAAUGGAAAGCCUACUCAUGGAAUCGGUAAUUUACCUAUGAGUAAGGUCAAUCAGGUGUCAGUAUUCUACUGGACUGCUCUGGAGAAUAACCCUGACAAGAAGGAUGAAAGUAGGCCCCUGCUCAUCAAAGUUAUUCUCUAUGGUGGAAGUGAAAAAUGGUAUGAGAAUAAGGGUGAAUAUCUUACUAAUAAUACUGAGUGGAAAGAAGUUGAACAUCCUUCUGAUCCGGGUAGAGAGUUUAAAGAACCAGCUACUCUCAGGAAGAAACUCCAUCUUCUCAAUUGUAAACUAAACGAUGCAGUUGUAAUAGAUGUAAGUCAUAGGGACAUUAUUUAUGAUGCCUGUAAUGAUACUGAUAAACUGACCUUGGAUCCUCAACAUGGUAAUGAUAGAAUGCAAGUUAAGAAAGAUGAUGAAUCUGGUAAAUUUCUUGGAAGUUAUACUGUAUACACUCACACUCUAAAUACCUCCUCAUCUGGUAAUGGAAAGUUUCAUAUAGUAUCUUUUAAGAAUGAUAAAACACCUCUAACUGGAAUUUCUGCAAGUUAUACUACUCCUAUUCUUAAUGUGGAUGAGGUUAAAGCUUACUUUUGUGGGCAGGAACUUGCCAAGCCCCUACUAUUUUACUACAACACUAAUGGAAAACAUCACUGGUACAAAAAUACUAGUAAAGAUUCUAAUAGUACUGGUGAAUGGGAACUUGCAGAACCAGAAUUAUCUAACAUUGGACCAGAAGAUCAUGAAAAGAUCAAAGAACUACUCAAUAAACUGGGUGGUAAAUGUAAAUCUCCUGAAGAACUUCCUACAUCUCGUGCUACUGAACCUCCCACUACUGAUGAAUCUCAACCUGCUAAAUUUGGUGCUGAAACUGUUGCUACUGGUCUUGGCAUAUGGUCCAUCUCUGGUAUAUCAUCUGGUACCCUUACCGGAGCUGGCGGUCUUACUGGACUUGGUUGGUGGGCAUUCAAACGUUCUAGAGGAGAUCCUUGGGUUAUAAAUGGAUAUCCUAUAGUGUUUAAAGAAUGUACCAUAUUGAGUAUGCAUAUACUCUUAUGA